AUGCCUCCUCACGAACCUCUCAGAUACACGCUCGCUCCCCGCGUACUUGGCAACUUUGACGGCGUCACCUGCCCAGGCGCCAAACGCCUCGUGAUAGGCCUCGUAGUCGUCUCGGUCAUCUGCUUCUUGGCAAUCUAUUUCGCAGUACACUUCCGCAUUCACUUAGCGCGCGACAAAAAGACUUUCUGUUCCCUCGCCAUGGACCUCGAAGAGCUCCAAAAAGUCCACAAGACGCUCAAGAACCAGCACGAAUUCAUCCGUGAGGACUCUCGCAACUUGCAGAUGACGCUAGACUUUUACACCAAGGAGUUUGGUAUGCACCCGCGCCAUAAUCAAUUGAGAUUCGAGCCUGGGCAUCAACAGCAGGCCUCGGGUAUGACUGACGCCGGCGGUCUUUCGGGCCAUGGAGGCGUGCGGGAGGAUGAGGACGUCUUUGUGGUUCAAAGCCCUUCCGAGGAGUCCGUAAGAGGCGGGGGUGAGGAGGGUGAUAUUCCGGCCGAUGGUGACCGUGUUCCACGGUACAGCGAGGAGCAGAAGAAGAAGGCGAAGCCGCCACGUAUUGAGGCGAUUGCAGCUGGUAUGCAAGAUGUUCCUCUGACGCCCCCCGCUCAGGGGCAAGGUCUUAGAUUAUAGGCAUAUCAGUGCGCGAUUUCAGCGUUUACUCGGGACUCGCUUCGCUAAGGUACCCGACAUCACAGAGUCAGUAAGGUGAGUUGCAGAGUUUGAAUUUGACGCACUCUCUUAUUUACUUUAAGGGCUUUGCACUAUUAAUAUAUAUUGAAUGAGUCCAUGUUCUCCGGUUCAAUCAAAUGAAAAUAUUUUUGAAUCGUGACUGCGAAGGGAGCCCGUCUUCCAGGUUCCUACCCCGUCCAUACAUGGCCGUUAUAGAUUUAACAUUGGAAGCUGCUAGAUGGCAGAUGCCCCAUCUGUUCCCGCCGGCCUUUCGUACCUAUCUCCAAUUUCACCUUUCUUUGCUAAGAAUUUGUUUUGAAGUGCU